AUGUGUCCAGAAGCUGACCGCACGAUGCGGGAUGCAUUUGAGGACCUCAAAAGAAUACUCACCAUACCUGACAGAAUGCAGCUUGAAAACCUGACACUCGAAGAUGUUGAAAGAGCUGCAUUAAAAGUUGAAAAACAGCUUGCAGCAAGUCAAUCAUUACGAAACAUGAGAAGGCUUGCGCCUUUAUUCAGAGGAUUGGAACACUAUUCGCACACAAUUGAGGUUUUAUGCAAUGGAACGCCAUAUUUGCCAUGGAUUUGGGCACCAAUAAAGCUUGUCUUGGAAGUAUCCGCAGAUUAUAUUAAAGCGUUCGAAUCGAUGAUUCAGGUCUAUCACAGACUGGCGGAACCGUUAGCUCGAUUCAGUAUAUUUGAUCGUGCUUUCUCGAGUAACAAAGAAGUCCAAAAAGCUUUGGCAGUGUAUUACUCUGAUAUUCUCAAAUUUCAUGGAGAGGCCUACAAAUUUAUCCGACGAAAUGCAUGGCAGCGACUCUUCGCCACUUCGUGGGGCCGCUUCCAAAGGCGAUUUGACAACAUCUUUGUCGACUUAAAAGCGCAUGAAGAUCUCAUUGAUAAAACAGCCAACGCCGCUAAUAUAUCAGAGGCCAAAAGCAUGAGAGAAAAAUUAGAGACUUGGAGGGAGCAAGAGGCUAUCAAAUUUAAGAGAGAAGAAGAAGAACAAACCAGUAUUGAGUUUCAAGCCGUCUUAAAUUUUCUAAAAAUGGAUGAGACGCAUCAGAUUAAGAUCGCUGAUAACCUUGCUGCGGAAGCAGAUCAAAAUCCAGGAUCCGGCCAUUGGAUACUCCAACAACCGAAAAGUCGGUCGUGGGCAAAGUGCAAUCACGACACCCAAUUUGUGGUGCUUCAUGGCCCUGUUGGAAGUGGGAAAAGCAUCUUGGCGACACAAAUUGGUACUUUCCUCCGCUCGUCAAAUUAUUUAGUGACGACACAUUAUUGCACAUACGUCUACCCUGAAUCAACUGAAUACAACAAUAUUAUACUGUCUUUGAUGAUACAAAUCAUGCGCUUGGAUCCAGAGCUCAUAACACUUUCGUACAACUGUUUUCUAGUGGAUAAGAAGACACCAAAUCGUUCAGUUCUUGAUCAACACUUACGCCUCUUAGUCGAAACUCUCGGGUCUUCGACAACUCAGUCGAAAACUCUUCAUAUAGUGAUCGAUGGGCUAAAUGAAUGUGAUGAAAAUAUAGCAGCUAAUGUUGCAAGGACGUUAGAAAAGCUUAUUACUACAGCCUCAUCAUCCGGAUCUACUAUCAUCAAGGUGCUUUUAUGUACCCAGAUGACGCCCGCAAUUACUAAAGCCGUCAAGAGGAAACACCAGGUAUCACUAUCUAAUGAGAAAGGAAAAGUUAGUGAAGUCAUCAGAGACUUUACCUUGCGGAGAAUAAGUGCCAUUCAGCCGCAACGUGCUCAAUUUCGCAUCACUGAUGAUGACGCUGCGGCAAUAGCGUCUCGGAUCACGCAAAAAGCAGACGGCAUGUUUCUAUGGGCAAGACUUGUUAUAGAAUAUAUGAAGGGCAACAUGUUUUAUAACCGCGAUGAAUUCUUGGAGGCCGCCCAUAGCUUUCCUCGAGAACUUAGCGAGAUUUUCGGGCGGUUGUUAUCACAAAUUUUGGCCGGUCUCGAUGAAAGAUCUGUGCGGAGGCUUGGUUCUGUUUUGAAUUGGAUAGCGUUUGCAAAGCGGCCACUUCGAUCUCCUGAGCUUCUAUCUGCCUUAGCAUUUGAUGCUGGAGAUGAACAAGUUAUUGAGCCAGUUCCAGCCUACAUUCUCGAUAUCUCUGCAUUGUCUAUUACAGCAAGCGAGUCACUAAAGCGACAUGGUUUAGCUACCGUCCGCUGCCUUUUGGCUAGCCAAAAGAUCUUCGCGCCUUCGUAUUCAGAGACUGAUAGAGUGCUGACGGUCCUUCAUGGGGUCUUUGGCUUUCACAUGUACGCCACUGAAUUUUGGAUCGGCUACAUUUUAGAGCAUCUUGAAUUUGAUCAGGAUCUCUUGUUCAAAUCGGAUUUUUUCCUCUUGUCUUGUCGUUUGGCAGAACAACUCGAGACCAGAUUAGAGCCCAAUGAAGUGGCAGUGGGAAAUGGCCCGCCGAAUUCGCGUCUAAAUACCCUACGCCAGAAGCACGAGCCUCUAUACAACACAAUCCAAACCGUCCUCUUGGAAAGGGGUAGAAAAAUAUUAGAAGAUCACGAUAUUAUCGACAACAACACCCAGACAGGAGGCAUAACUCUUUUAAAGGAGAGAUACCAGGCAACAAUUCGCGAGCUGCUUAGUUUUUCGACCUACCCAAGCGUUAAUUUCCACGAGCUUGAAAGAUUCAAGCAGGAUUUUAGAACAUCAGCGUACACAUGUCGAAUAUGGUCGUGCCGUUAUGCGGUUUUUGGUUUCAACAGUCCCAAAGGCAUUAUCCUCCAUGAAGCGGACCAUCGAAAGCAAAUCUGCCACUAUCCAAAUUGCGAAUAUCCUGUCUUUAGCUCGACAAAGUCAUUAAGAGACCAUGAAAAAAAAUAUCAUGUUCAAAGCAGCCAGAUAAUCCCGCGAAAGUCGAUCAAGAAGCAUACACGACCAGAUGCCUCUGCUUCAACUGCAUCCCCCCCAGUGCCACUCCAGGAAAGCUUAGUAGUAGAUGACCUUUCUUGGGAAGAAUUUCUUAAUGACGGUUAUGAUAGUGCCGAAGACUUUGUAUCUCCACGCGAGUAUCAAGGAUACGUCGAGGAGUAA